AUGCAGUCUUCCUUUCUUCUGUGUUCUUUGCUUCUUGAUGCUUCUCGAAUUAGUGCCCGCUGUUUCGAAGACCCCUGGGGUAAAUUGCAUGGACAUUUAGACAUCUCUAAAAUGCGUCGCAAAGCGAAAUCCCCAUCGAAAAACACCGCAUCGAACAAAAGGAGCACUUCUACUCUAUCAAGGCGGUCAAAAAAAGCAACCCUGUCGUCUUCGCUGUCUCGUGAUCAGACUACUAGUAUACGCCGCAUUCAGCGUGAAUGGAAGGAUAUUGUGCAACAAGGCAUUGCUUUUGACUGGAAGCGAGGGCGCCCGUACAAAUUUCGUGGUCCUCAGCACGUCUACCUGGGUCCAAUCUCCAACAACUUAUGGAUUUGGCACUUUAGUUUCAUGGGUCUACCCCACUCUGUAUUCGAAGACGGCAUCUACCACGGCCGUGUCAUUUUGCCGCCUAACUACCCGGCCCGACCCCCACGUGUUCAAGUAUGGACACCCUCCGGACGAUUUCAAACCCGCUUCGAUAUUUGUUUGUCGGCCAGCAACUAUCAUCCCGAAUCCUGGACUCCCUCCGCAUGGAGCGUCCGUACAAUUGUAGAGAGCUUGCGACUGCACAUGAUUACGGCGGCACACGAAAUCGGCGGAACGAAUGAUUCGUACGAAGAUCGCAAAGAGUAUGCUGUCCAGUCAAGAGCUUGGAAAGUUCGCGUCCGGCCCGAUGUACUGAUUGAUCACGAGCGGAUGCUCAAGGACGGAUACUUUUCAAGCCUGAUAAAGACCGAGGAAUCGGACGAGGCGUCCCUCACUGAGAAUGCCAAUGGUUUGGAGAUAGGCGACUCGAAUACAAAAGCCGAACUGAAUUCUGUUGCCGAUCCAAAAUUGUCAAUCCAGGCAUCGAGGACGACCGGUAAUUUGGCGUCAACAGUGGUUCAACCAGAGCAAGACUAUCAAGCUAUGUCGCUCUUGCCUUCCCUUCCACUAGGCUUGAUCCGCGUUUUGACCAGCCCAAUCCGAUUAGCCUUCAUGACGUUCCUAGUCUUCUUUUAUGUACUUAAUCGCUAG